AUGAAAGAAAUGUUUUCUUCCAAGUUAUUAUCUAGACGUACAAGGGAACGCCUUUACUGUACGUACUUGAGACCCAUAGUAACGUACGUAUGCAAGACGUGGUCUAGCACUCAAGGAGAUGAAGAAAGAUUACAGAGUUUCGAGAGGAAAAUACUCAAGAAAGUAUAUAGAUCAGUAUAUGACUUGGGAAGUUUCCAAAGAAGAACAAUUGAAAACCUGCAAAAUCUGUUGUAUAAGCCGAGUCUACGACAUUUCUUAGCCAGAAAAAGACUGGAAUAA